GGAUACGAAGGAUUGUUGAGGCGACCCAUGCUCGUGGAUGCAACGGCUCAAGCCCUGCUCAACGAGGCGGACAGCGCGGACGGUGGGACCAGGGGGUCGACCAUAAAAACCUGCGCCAACAAUGCUUGCUAUUUCAACGCCGUUGCGUUGGGGGGGUUUGGCGCCAGCACUCCUGAGGUCUUGACAGAGAGCGUAGCGCGAGUUCUGUACCUGCUUGCCGUGCGAGAGGUCGCUGGCGAGUUCAGCGACAGCCAACAGGCGGCCAUACCGUGGACAGCACAAGCGUUUGGGGUGAAGAUGCGGUGCUUUCACCCAGGUGGGUCGAUGAAGGAUGUUGAGGGUGGGGCGUCGUUCGCCGGGAAAUGGAGCAAGGAAUUGAUCGGUCCGCUCAACCCCUCUGGGGUUGAGCCAACCAUCUACCUCACGAUGUCCAUCACGUCUCACAAGCACGCGUUCAGCAGCAUCCACGAGUUCACGGAGACAACUCGCCGCUGGGAACGCGGCGCCGAUGGCGAACUCCACCAAAUGCGAUGGAUGCCUGAUUUCAAUCACUGGGUGCUCAUGUUGCCCCCGGCAAACGCAGGUGCCCUUCAGGCCUUUUCCCGGAGUUAGCUGCGAGAAAGUCUUCCGGGAAGGACUCCAAGCUUGCGUCAAGGUUGGUAUCCGCUGGACGCCUGCAUCGACAACAACAGAAUACAAGAAAUCAGCGAUCGCGCACAUGAUACGGGAAAAAAAUAAUCAUGCGCGAACAUGGUGUUGCCGUUUCGCCAAACGCGUGAGAAUCUCCCUCUUCAACAAAGACAUCCACUGUGGGAGAAGAAAGACCCCCAUACGUGCUAUAAGG